UCUAGUAAAUAGUUGAUUAAUGCCGACAGAUGGUCAAAGGAGAACCUAACCUGGAUUAAUUCUUUUUAGAAAGAAAAUAAAAACAUUCAAGCAACAUUUAACUCGGAAGCCGAUAGUACCAAGAUUCGAGUGGUAAAGAAUAACAAGUGUUACGAUUCAAAGACCAUGUAUUCGGUGAACGCACGCGCCGGUAUCACUCGCGCGUUCCGCGUGCACCGGGAACUGCACGGCAAUACGGAAUUGAUCGAGACGUGCACGGAGAUCGUGAACCGAAAUCCGCGUAACUUGGAACGGUUGAGGAUAGCGAGAAAACCCAGCGGUUAUCAUCUUAACAAACCCGGACAUAUGUAUUGGCACAAGCUGUUCCUGAUCAAAAAGCUACGGUAUGUCACAGCCGAAGUCCGCCACUUUGAGAAUGGGCCAGUUGUUUCAGUUUCCAGUGCAGAAUGGGCAUUGAAGAAGCAAUUAUAUCGGACCACUGAUAGUUCGGCUUAUAUUAAUAUAGGACGAGUGUUGGCUCAGCGUUGCCUAGAAGCUGGGAUCUGUGAAAUGCAGAUUGAUGCUGCAUUAACUGGAAACAAAUGUGAAUUAUUGAUUAAAGAAUUAGAAAAGAAUAACAUCAUUUUAACUGAACCACAAGUAUACCAGUAUCCAAAUUCUUGGGACAGAUACCGGCCGGAAAAACCAUGGGAGAUUCAUGAAUAGUUUGUCUUGUCUUCGUAUAAUAAUGUGAACAGAUUGUGAAGUGCAAAAUGAAGAACAACAACAAAGUGUACGUACAAAUACAAGUGUGAUGCAAUCGUAACACUUGCUUCUUCUCAGUGGAAACCAAAUAAGGUAAAGCUUAAUGAUUGAUAUAUAAGAUAUUUUAUUAUCUUAGCAUCUAUCCACUGUGAAAUGCCGAAUUUUGUACAAUAUAGUAUCUAGGAGUAAAAAUAAAUAAUUGUAUCGCUGUUAAAUAAAUGUCUAGUCUACUACAGAUACAACGUCGUGACUUAAAAACUAUGUCAUUACUUAAGGCAAGUACAUUCCGUCAGACGUGGUUUGCAAUGCAAAUGGAAUGUCGUUACGUGAGUCUUAUCAUAAUGACUGUAAUAGAAAAUUUUAAGUUAAGUUAGGUAUAUGUACAUAUACAGAUUAAUACAGAAAUGAUUCUGAAAAUUGAUGGGUUUGUCCAGUGAUUGGAUAUAUAAGUAG